ACGAACAUGAACAUUAUUUUCUUCAAAUAGUAUUGUUUUCCUUUCUUUGUUACUAAGCUAACUCUUCCUUGUUUUGCACCUUAAGUACUUUUUCUAUAUUUAUACAGAUCAUUCAACUUUUGAGACAUUUCAUAAGGCAAAACACUUUCUAUGGAUUAUCUGAGAAUGGAGAAACCUAGUUGUAAAAAGAAAAUGGAGUCAUCAAGCUUAGGUUUUCUAGAAUUGGUGUUUUCAUGGUCUUUUCGCGACGUGCUCAACAGAAAUCUUUAUAAAGAUAAGGUGCAGCGUAUUCCAGAAAUAUUUUCAUCAACUGCUCAUUACACAAGUGCAUUUGAAAAACCUCUUGCUGAGGAAACUCGUGCAAGUUUAUGUUCUGGAAUGGAAUCUGUUGGCAAUGCCCCUGCUUGCGAGAUAUCUCGCAUCGAGUUGUCUAAAGAUUACAAUCCUCCUAAGGAGUUGUACUAUAACAUUUUGAGCAAAAAAAUUGCAGAUUUCAAGAACAAUGGAGGACAUUAUGAGCCAGAAACAGGAGACCUCAUUGUUCUUUCGAAUAUAAAGCCGAGGAGAAUUGAAGAUUUGAAUGUGCCUGGAAAACCCUUUGCUGUUGCCUUCGUGACUACAAUGGAAGAAGGUUCUGACAUGACUCGAAUUCAGUUAUCCAAGGAUAUCAGUUCUGAACUGAAACCCAAGCCUGAGAAGCGCGUAAGAGUUUUCGCAACUUACUUGAUCAACUUGGUAACAAACAUGAGGAUAUGGAGAGCACUGAAUCCUGAUCCUCAAGGGCUGAGCAUGAACUUUGCUCUUAAGGCUUUAAGGCCUAACUCUGAUGAAGGUAAGGAUUGCGCUAUAUGUAUCUUUAAUGUAGACUCAACUGUACGAGGGGACAUCGAUUCUUUUGAGUUAGAUGAAUCCCAGAAAAAUGCUGUAUUAAGCAGUAUCGCGAUGAGAAAAUGCUCACACCAGAAUGACAGUGUGAAGCUCAUAUGGGGUCCUCCAGGGACAGGAAAAACAAAAACGGUUGCUUCUCUUCUAUUUUCACUUCUCAAAUUGAAAUGCAGGACAUUAUCUUGUGCUCCGACUAACAUAGCUGUUAUGCAAGUCGCAAAAAGGCUUAUGGGACUACUCUUACAGUCCCUCAAGCAUGAUACUUAUGGCUUAGGUGAUGUAGUUCUCUUUGGAAAUGGUGAAAGAAUGAAGGUUGAUGAUCAUGAUGAACUUUUAAAUGUGUUUUUGGACUAUAGAGCUGAAGUUCUAUCAAAAUGCCUGUCCCCUGUUGAUGGUUGGAAGCAUACUUUGGUUUCGAUGACAUCUUUACUUGAAGAUCCAGUGGAACAGUACCGAAUGUACUUGCAAAAUAGAGGUGUUUUUGAUGAAGAAGAGGAUGAGGAGGAUUCAGAUGGAAGCAAAAGUGAAGAAAGCAACGAAUGUGAAGAUACAAAAUGUUCGAGGUUGAAGAGAUCCGAUAGAAAGCACUGGAAAGAAGUGAUUGAUAAAUCUAUGAAAGGAAGCAACAAUAAUGAUGAUAGAAAGUAUAAAUCUAAUCAUGAGUUAUUGACAUUUGAAGAGUUUGUGAAGAAGAGAUUUUAUUCGAUUGGAGAUCGUUUAGCUUUCUUGAUGAAGAAUCUUUACACUCAUCUCCCAACAUCGUUCAUUACAUCAGAUGCUGUAAGAAGCAUGAUUAGUCUGCUUGAUCUGCUCAAAAUCCUUGAAGAUGCAAGAGAAAAAGUUAAUCAAACUCAUCAAUUGACUAUGAAAAAAGCAGAGUUCUUAGAAAUUCUGAAGUCUCUUCCUGAACAAUUUCCAGUCCCAUUGUUUUCUGACAUACAAGCAAUAAAGACUACAUGUUUGAUGAAUGCCCGUUUGAUUUUCUGCACUGCUUCAAGUGCUGCUAAAAUACAAACUGAGGGCAUGGAACCAAUUGAAGUGUUGGUAAUCGAUGAAGCCGGGCAGCUUAAAGAAUGUGAGUCCUUAAUUCCUUUGCAAGUCCCGGGACUCAAAAAUGCAAUACUCAUAGGCGAUGAUAAACAGCUGCCAGCAAUGGUUCAAAGCAAGGUUGCAGAAAAUGCUGAUUUUGGACGGAGCUUGUUCGAAAGGCUAGCAAAUUUAGGGAAAAAGAAACAUCUCCUCAAAACUCAAUACCGGAUGCAUCCUUCAAUUAGUUCAUUCCCUAAUGAAGUGUUUUAUGGGAAACAGAUUAUAGAUGCUCCAAAUGUGAAAGAAAGAAGCUAUGAAAAGUGUUUUCUUCAGGAAAACAUGUUUGGAACCUAUUCCUUUAUCAAUGUAUCCAAAGGAAAAGAGAAUUUCGAUAAAGGGUAUAGCCCGAGAAACUUGGUCGAGGCAGCAGUUGUGAACAAGAUUAUUGCAAAGCUUUUUAACGAGCAUUGUAUCACAGGAAAAAAAGUUAGUGUGGGAGUAAUCUCACCUUACAAGGGUCAAGUUGGUUUGAUCGAAGAAAAAAUUGGAAAGAAAUAUGUUACUUACAAGGACCAUGGUUUUUCUGUGAGUGUUCGCUCUGUUGAUGGAUUUCAAGGUGGGGAGGAGGAUGUAAUAAUAAUCUCGAGUGUUCGAAGCAAUGGAAAGGGAUCAGUUGGAUUUCUGUCUAAUCACCAGAGAACAAAUGUAGCCUUAACAAGAGCAAGGCACUGCUUAUGGAUAGUAGGGAAUGGAACAACAUUGAUCAAUAGUGAGUCUGUGUGGAAGGAGCUGGUGGUUGAUGCCAAACUACGCGGGUGUUUCUACAAUGCAGAGGAGAACAAAGAUCUUGACAAAGCUAUAACAAUUGCAUUGUUCGACUCUGAAGCAGAUGUUGCAGAGUCUUUGUCAGACCGGUUAGCUGCUAUUAAGCUAAGAGACGGUCAAGGGGAUUCGAGUUCAAGAUUUAGUUUCGAGUCCAGAGCGAAAAUAGACUCCAUCAUCAGAUACAGGAAAUGGUGAAUGAACAGGAUUCAAGAAGCCAGGAGAGUAACCUUGCUGGAUGAUUGUUGGAGAUGAAGGCGUGCUUUUAUAGUUUCAAAAUUUAAUGUUAAUAUACCUAUAACUAUAAUACAUGUUUUUGUAGUUUGAAGUACGCAUUGCGCGCAUCUUAAUCUAGUUACUUAUAAUAAUAGCCGGACAAAAGCUUUCUCAAUUGUGAUGGAGGCUAUGUUUAGUUCACCUUAAAUUUUCUAAUCUGAACUUAUCUGAUCUGAUUUGAACUUAUUUUUUCUGAUUAUAAGAUUUUAUCUUUUAGAA